AUGCUGGCCCUGACAGAGUGCCGCCUUGGAGAGAGUCGGAUUGGUGCCGCAGCUGUCAAUAACCCAAUCGUAGAUUGGGUAUUCCCAGACGAGCUUGCAGUCAUCCAACCCGAAGAUCUCCCAGAGCCUCAGUAUGGCGAUGAAACACAACUUCCUGCCGACGAAGACCUGGCUGGUUCGUUAGCGAUUCGUGAAGCUGUAGAAAACCUGCAAACUGAACGCAAGCGACCCAAGAAACGUUCCCCAAAAACACCACCUCCGACGUCUUGGCAGGCUAACAGAGACAACACAAUCAUACCUGCUAGGACUCUGUCGGAGCAGCGUGACGUCCUCUUCAAGAAGCCACAAGACUAUUUCGAUCGAUUCGCUUCACCCAUCCACUUCUUUCGUUCUCCCCAUGCCCAACUAACCUUUCCACCACAAGACGACAUCUUCGCGUCGCUGCAACCCGAUAUACAACCCCUCGACCCCGAGAUUCAGAUGGCCCUCAACCACUAUGCUACUUUUGAAGAAGCAGUCAAAGCCCCGCCAGCAAUACCCACGUUGAGCAGAUGUCGUGCUUACGCGCGGAACUACCCCCCAGGUGGUACCAUGCCACUAAGCUUACCAGUGUGGAACAUUACUACUGGCCUGCAGAGUCCGCUAUCCGAUACCACACACGAGCUGGCGAGGAUGCUGCAACGCAGCAUUGCGCGUCAAAUUCUGAAAUCGCAUUCUGGCCGGUCGAGAUGGCUUGAUGCAGCAGAGAAGAGGCAAUACGAAGAUAUCGCCAAGGGGCGAGUAGAGGUAGAUUCGCACGAAGGUGUAGGUCUUUGGACUCAACCAGACGCGGAUGUAGAACAGAACCCACAAUUACAAGAGAUAGGAAUUUGGAUGAAACAACGCUUGGAGCCAGGCUUCGUCUAA